AUAUCUGUCUAACGUCUAACCUUUUUAGAGAAAAAUCAACCUCGAAACGACGUCGGCUUAGACGGUCCGAGUCAACGACGGCGUGCGCGGUUUCCACCGGCCCUGGAAUCAAUCAAUCUAGCACGUGUCAGUGCGUGUUCCAUCAUCUUCUGCAUUUUCCUGAUCAAAGAUGUUGGAGCAAUUACUGAUAUUCACGCGCGGAGGCUUGAUCCUCUGGACCUGCAACCACUUCACCAACGCCCUCAAGGGCUCUCCGAUCGACACGUUGAUCCGCUCCUGCCUCCUGGAGGAGCGAUCCGGUGCGGCGAGCUUCACCUACGACGCACCUGGAGCUUCCUACUGCCUCAAAUGGACCUUCCACAAUGACCUCGGCCUCGUCUUCGUCGCCGUCUACCAGCGCAUCCUCCACCUCCUUUACGUCGACGAUCUACUCGCCGCCGUCAAGCGCGAAUUCUCUGGCCUAUACCAACCCCAAAAAACCGAAUACCGAGAUUUUGACGAGAUCUUCCGCCAGCUGCAGAUCGAGGCCGAGGCACGCACCGAGAAUUUGAAGAAAACGAAUCCCCUCCCCGCGGUGGCUCCUCAAAGGAAACAGCAAAACGGCACGUGGCAGGGGGAAGGGAAAAAGGCUGGGACAGAAAAAAAGAGUGACGGGGAUGGUGAUGGGAAGAAAGGGCGUAGAAUUGAGAAUGGUGGUUUUGUUGUAGCUAAGAAUAAUUCUAAUGCUAACUUGAAGAGUAGUGGUAAUGGUAGUGUGAAUAUUGGGAAAGAGAAUGAGAGUGCUAAUAUAGGGGCUUUUGAUGUAAAUAGGCUGCAGAAGCUUAAAGGAAAAGGGGGCAAUGGAAAUGGGAAUGGGAAGAAGAAAGAGGCUGUUGUUGCUGCCAAGGCUGAGCCAAAAAAGGUGGUUAAGAAAAACAGGGUUUGGGAUGAUUCCCCUCCGCAAACCAAACUGGACUUUACGGAUCACCUCGAUGGGGAGGGAGAUGGGGAUAAAAAGGUUGACUUUCUGGCUAAAGAACAAGGGGAGAGUAUGAUGGAUAAAGAAGAGAUUCUUAGCAGUGAUAGCGAGGUUGAAGAUGAUGAUGAUGAUACUGGGAAGGAUAGCAAGCCUGAGGCUAAGAAAAAGGGUUGGUUUUCAUCUAUGUUCCAGAGUAUUGCUGGAAAGGCAAAUUUGGAGAAGUCGGAUUUGGAACCGGCUUUGAAAGCUCUGAAGGACAGACUCAUGACCAAGAAUGUGGCCGAGGAAAUAGCUGAGAAACUAUGUGAGUCUGUGGCAGCAAGUCUUGAAGGCAAAAAGCUUGGUUCAUUUACAAGGAUAUCUUCAACAGUGCAUACAGCAAUGGAAGAUGCACUUGUUCGUAUUUUAACCCCAAGGCGAUCUAUUGACAUAUUGAGGGAUGUGCAUACUGCCAAGGAGCAAAGGAAACCAUAUGUGGUUGUGUUUGUUGGAGUUAAUGGAGUUGGAAAAUCUACUAAUUUGGCUAAGGUUGCUUACUGGCUUCUGCAACACAACACUAGUGUCAUGAUGGCUGCGUGUGAUACAUUUCGAUCGGGAGCUGUUGAGCAGCUGCGGACACAUGCACGUAGACUUCAGAUCCCUAUAUUUGAGAAGGGCUAUGAGAAAGAUCCUGCCGUUGUGGCAAAAGAAGCAAUUCAGGAAGCUUCACGCAAUGGUUCAGAUGUGGUUCUUGUUGAUACGGCUGGCCGUAUGCAGGAUAAUGAACCAUUGAUGAGGGCCCUGUCAAAGCUCAUCAACCUCAACAAUCCUGACCUUGUCUUAUUUGUUGGAGAAGCACUGGUUGGUAAUGAUGCAGUUGAUCAGCUUUCGAAAUUCAACCAGAAAUUAGCGGACCUCUCAACAUCUCCCACACCCAGAUUGAUAGAUGGGAUCUUGCUCACCAAAUUUGACACUAUUGACGAUAAGGUGGGAGCUGCACUUUCAAUGGUUUAUGUAUCUGGGGCUCCAGUGAUGUUUGUGGGCUGUGGACAGUCCUAUACCGACCUCAAGAAACUGAACGUCAAGUCAAUUGUGAAGACGCUGCUUAAAUGA